CAAGCGGAUACAUAUAACCUUAAUCUACAGAAACAGGAAUCACUAAAGUUUAUAAAAGUCCAAAAAUUUCCAGCUUUGGCAUAACUUAAUAUUUGUUCGAGCAAGAGUGCCCUUACUAGUUUUGGAGCUUUGAUGGGCCGCUAGUGCCCUAGUGUGACUGGUGCAUCUGUCGGUAGAGGAUUCAAAUAUAGUAAGUACCUAAUUUUUGUAUGAAGUUCACCUAAUUGAUACGAGGGUAUACUUCUCACAUAAUAAAUUCUGGUCGAAAAAUCGCCUGGGUAGAAAGUAUCCAACAUUUUUCAAGAGAAGAUGUUCCAAUCAGGAUGCAAUUAAUAAUCAAACUAAGGAACAUGGUGAAGAUAUUGCAACCACAUAUGUGAUAUGUAGAAAAGUAUUCUCUGAGAUAAGUACUAGAAGACUUCGUUUAGCCGUUGAGGGACCAUCAUCCUUGUGGGCAGACAAAAAACCAAGCACUUGCAGUGAAAUGAAGCCAUCAAAAGAUAUUGGCAAAUCCUAUAGAUUUUGAUUUGUGGGGUCUUCUACAAAAGGCAAUUAGGGAUAGGAUUAGCUUUAGGACCAUUUUUUCUGUCCUCAAAAUGAUGAUACUUGACACUUUUCUUUUUUUUUGGCUCUGUUUCACAGAGAAUGCAACUGCUGUAUCUCUGUUAAUCCUAAACAACAGGUAUUCCAAGAUUAAUGUGUAUUCUCAUAAAUCACUAAAGACAAAUGAAAGGUUAAAUCAAGUCAUCACACCAAAACUUAAUCUGGAUAAAACUUUUUGCAUUAUUCCCUGAUGAGUGGCAAAUGUUGCUUGCAGACGGAUUAAGGUAGCCUUUAUCUGCUACAAACAAGACUUGAUUUGUUCUGAUUUUGCCUCUUUCUGUUGAAAGGAUGGAGGGAAAUCCUAACCAUAUGCUUGAACAUAGGUGAAAGAAUAAGUUAUGCACUAAAAAGUGAAUAAGAAAGCUUAAAGAAGGGCUUUUAGGGUGAAUCUGAGCUUGAGAAUCUAGCUAGGGCCUAUUUGAUCUCUCACAAUCUGUCUGUUGUGAGUUCUUCACAGCACUCUCUUAUCUCUAUGUGUUCGACAUUUGUUACUUCUAUUGAACUGAACCCCCUCUUCCGAACUUGUACAAGUUUUGUGAAAGAAAAUGGUUCGACACGAAGUUAACAGUCAAAGUUCAACCCUGAAUAAAAAGAAAGAUUAUCCUAGGAUCCCACCAAUAGCCAAAAAUAAAAUAAAAAAUUCAAUAGAUAAGGCGUAGCAUGUAAACUAGAGAAGGUCCAAGGUUUAAGAGAAGUUGCCAUUGAAGCUAGAAAGAGCUAUAUCUUGCUCUAAUUUUAAUGGGCUGGAUUGAGUUAGUUGGUUUCACGCGAAGAUUAAGCUUUUCUUGCCUCGGGCAAAAUUACUUUAUAUAUUAUGAAUAUUUUGGUCACUCUUCUUACUAGUGUUGGGGAGUUUUCCAAGUUGAAUAUAAUUCCUUAGCAAUUGAACUAAUGUCAAGUCUGUCCGUAGUCCAAAUGUCCAAUACUCCAAUAUCUUGGCAUUUUCAAGAAGACAAACCGUGACCAUUACUGUGAUGUGACUCCCAUUUGUCAGCUAGCAACCUUGUCCCACUCAGCUAGGAAGCUUGUCAGCUGCUUCCCUUAGAGUGCCAUGUAAUGGAAGUAAACAUGCUCAGUGAUUCACAGAACACCAAGUCACACUAUGGCUCCUCCAACUCCAAGACUAGUAAUCCCCAUAGACCUAAAGAAGAAGCCAUGGGAACAAAAGUUGCCACUCCACAACCGUUGGCACCCAGAGAUACCUCCUGUAACUGAGAUUAAAACAGGGGAGAUGUUCCGAAUUGAGAUGGUUGAUUGGACAGCAGGCGCUAUCCAAGAUAAUAACUCUGCAAUUGAUGUAAAAACUGUUGAUCUAUCCACUGUCCAUUAUCUCAGUGGGCCAAUAAGAGUAGUUGACACAGAUGGAAAUCCUGCUGAACCAGGUGACCUCCUUGCUGUUGAAAUAUGCAACUUAGGGCCUCUCCCUGGAGAUGAAUGGGGUUUUACAGCAAUAUUCGACAGAGAGAACGGUGGAGGAUUUCUAACAGACCAUUUUCCCCGUGCAACUAAAGCUAUUUGGUAUUUCGAAGGCAUAUAUGCCUACUCACCUCAUAUACCAGGUGUAAGAUUUCCUGGUUUAGUUCAUCCUGGAAUAAUUGGAACAGCGCCUUCAAAAGAACUACUCAAUAUAUGGAAUGAGAGGGAAAGAAAGCUCGAAGAAACUGGUCCCCAGUCUCUCAAAUUAUGUGAGGUCUUGCAUUCUAGACCAUUGGCUAACCUACCUUCAACAAAAGGGUGCAUUCUUGGCAAGAUUCAAGAUGGAACUGCUGAGUGGAAUAGAAUUGCCGAUGAGGCUGCAAGAACAAUACCUGGACGUGAAAAUGGAGGAAACUGUGACAUCAAAAAUCUCAGCAGAGGUUCAAAAAUAUACCUUCCAGUAUUUGUAGAAGGAGCAAACCUCAGUACUGGUGAUAUGCAUUUUUCUCAAGGUGACGGUGAAGUAUCAUUUUGUGGGGCAAUUGAGAUGAGUGGCUUCCUAGAGCUCAAGUGUGAGAUUUUAAGAAACGGAAUGAAAGAAUAUCUCACUCCAAUGGGACCCACACCACUACAUGUGAACCCAAUUUUUGAGAUAGGGCCCAUGGAACCAAGAUUCUCAGAGUGGUUGGUGUUUGAGGGCAUCAGUGUAGAUGAAAGUGGACAACAACACUAUCUUGAUGCCAGUGUUGCAUACAAGCGUGCAGUACUAAAUGCAAUUGAUUACCUCUCAAAAUUUGGCUACUCAAAGGAACAGGUUUAUCUUUUACUUUCGUGCUGUCCCUGCGAAGGAAGGAUUUCAGGAAUUGUUGAUGCUCCCAAUGCUGUUGCCACCCUUGCCAUUCCAACUGCUAUUUUUGACCAGGAUAUUCGCCCAAAGGUCAAUAAAGUGCCCCUUGGGCCAAGACUUAUGAGGAAUCCAGGAAUUCCGCAAUGUACUUAUGAUGGAAACCUGCCAAUCACCAAGAAUCCUUCGCUCCAUCAACAAGGGAGCAGCUGCGACAUGGAUGCUAGUUCUUGAGCUGGGGAUGUGCAUGUACAGCUACUGAAGGAAGAUAAGACCAAAUUGAAAGAAGCAAACCUGAGAUGCAUAAAGCCUAACUAGGCAUUCUAAGCAUCUAAAGAUGAAGACAAGUUCUUCAAAAUGUAAUAGCUUGGUAUCAACAGUGAGACCAUAAAUAAUUUUUGAAUCGUAACACGGUAAACUUCAUACUAGGACUAAUCAUCCUAAUGUUGCUGCCUUUCGUGAAUUUUAAGUUAAUAAAUUGCUUAAUUUCAAUA